AUGGCGUCCGAUGAGCUGGAUCUCGUGGAAAAAUUGCUGCAAGCGUUCGAGGAUGUGUCCUGUAAGCGACAACAAACGCGCAUCAAAGCAUACGACACCAUGCGUGAGAUAUGGAUGCAUUACUACAUCCCUAAUUCGCUGGUAAACCGUAAGAUGGCGCUGAUGGCAUCUGUAGAAAGAUCUCUCAAAAAGGGACAGGAGAAAGAACUAAUUUGGGCUGCUAAUGUCAUCCCGCUGUUGGUGGUCCAGAGUGAAUCAAUAGACGACGUUACUGAAAUCGUGAAUCUAGUGAAACCGCUGUUGAUGUCCAUAGUGAAGGAUUGUAGCGUGGUCAUUUCCAACGCACGAGUACAAUGCUGCACUGUGCUGGGUCUGUUGUUCUUCUUUGCUGAAGAUGACCCGGUAGAAAUUGUGACACUCAUGAAGAUGCUUCAAGAGGUACUUCAAAACCGUAACAUUGAACAUGAUGAAGAUGGUGAUCUUUACGCGAAGGUGAUGAAUUCUUGGUCUUUACUACUGACACUCUUAACGCCCGAAAGCAUCGUUAAGCAGAUAAGCGAUGGUGUUCUGCUAUCUGCCAGCUAUCUCGUUGAAAUGCUUGGAAGUACUCGCCUGUCAGUGCGUACCGUAACCGGUAAGACACUUGCUUUGGUGUACGAAUUGAGCGUUCAACACGACGCAAACUUUCUCCAUGAUGAACUCCCGGAUCUGAUAGAGACUAUUCAAAGCCUUGCGAAGGACGCAUAUCGAUUCCAGGCGAAGGAGGACCGCAAACUGCAACGUUCAAUCUUCCGGGACGUGCUGCACUACCUGCAGAAAGAUGUAACGCCUGAACUUCGUAUCAAAUUUGCAGAUGAAACACUGCUGCUGGACAGUUGGGCUAUUAACCAUCAGUAUACUUGCUUGCGGAAUAUGUUCGGUUCGGGGAUGAACGUACAUCUCAAAGAAAAUUUGAUAGUUCGUAAUAUGUUGAAUCUUGGACAUAGGAUGGGCAGCACGCCGAAGUACCUAGGAAAGAUUGCGAAGAUGGAACAAUGGCUCAGUAAUACAGUUGCCACGAAGAAUCGCUCAAUAGCACGUGGUAAGGAACGUGACAAGCGGUACGAAACUUUGGACUAA